AUGAUCUGCUGCUACAACACAAUUAAGUACACUGGACUCUUGUCCAAUUUGCUGUACAUGCUGCUGGCCAUAGGCGUAAUGUCAGCAGGUGGAUUGGGCCUGCAAAUGGCGCAGCCAAAUACGCCGGAGCAUACGUACUUUGUGGAAAGCCUGGUGCUUGGUGCUACCAUCUGCACCAUUGUCAUAUUUGGCUGCUAUGGCCUGGUCAGUGAUUUGCUUAGUGUGAAUAUAAUUUUCACCUGCUUCAUUUUGAUCGUGCUCGGCUUGGAGUAUUUACAGCUGUACAACUACCAGCCGCACAGUCGUUAUAGAAGCACUACGCAACAGCUGGAGCUGACAGUGGCCUGGCAUGACUUGGAGAAGCAGCCGCAAUCGAUGCAACAGUAUGAACAGCAGCACCACUGCUGCGGUUACAACAAUGCCAGCGACUACAAGGCUAUGCAUUUGUCCAUACCCAAAAGCUGUUAUCAGCUUGGCAGCGAUGAACAGCUUUUUACACGCGGCUGCCUAACGACAUUGAAGCAUAGCCACAGUCGCAUAGAGCAGAGCGAUAAGCUCUUCAUAUGGUGCAUCAUUGGCCUUGAGAUAUUUAUACUGGUGCAGACGAUUGUGUUGAGCGGGCUGCUUUAUAAGCUGAGACGGCGCGAGCGACUCGCACGACAGCAGGUGCCGCCAGGUGUGCGCCGCGAGCCGCGCGCCAAUCAUGUGGGCUCGCGUGCCCAGCUGCUGGACAAUGUUUGA